GCCGCAUUACGAAAGCUGGAUCUACGACCUGUCGUAAACCACCAGUAUAGCAAGAACAACAACAGCAACAACAACAACAACAACAAGCGCGAAAUUGAAGACAAAGAAGACGAUGAUUACGACAAGCAGUCGGUGGCGUCGUCGGAAUGCUCAUUACCAAUUACACCGCCUGAUAUCUAUCCUUCAUCCUCUCUGCCUCAUCCUUCUACUACUACCACUACUACUACUACUCCCCCUCCUGCUCAGCCUCAAUGUCAGCAACAAAUUCAAACGGUUGAAGUCGACACCAAAAAGAUGGAUGGUAUUGUCCCACGGAUAUCGUCAUCAUCACCAUCACUGCUGCUACGCUUGCGCUCGACACCUUGGUUCAAUCAGCGCCGAAAAGUAUUAUGAAUCUUUAGAACGUUGUGAUAGAUAUACCCUCUUUGUCUUCUACUCAUUUACAUUCAUUAUCUUCCUUACCAUAUCAUCAUUCAGCAUCCAACCCCCAUCCCAUUUCUCUCGUUUCUAUGUGUAGCAUAUAUCACUCGCUCAUGCUUUUUCUUUUAUCAUUCUCUUGUGUCAAUUCUGCUUUUUUUCUUCAUGCAUCCUUCAAACGAACAAUGAUAUAUCCACGCUCCUUUUCUCUUUCUCUCUCCUUGUAUGUACGAAUUUCAACCACCACCGCUGAAAACCAUAUUUUCCUUGCCGAGUCCUCAAUUGAAGAAUGAUCUAGUAACAAUAAAAUCGACGAGCAAACUAAUAGACUUGUA